GUGAUACCAAAAGCAUACGAUGUCCCACUGCUUCUGUUUUAUAAACAAUAAAUUACAUCGAUUUUUGGGAGUUUUAUAGAAAAGUUCCAUAAUUCCGCAUUGAUUUGUUGUUUUUUUUUAUUCAUCAGUUGAAGCUGGAGUGUUUGAUAUAUUAUUUUUCCUGGAAAUCUGAGUAAUCUAAUGCAGAAGCCAUGUCUCACAGGUUCUACAACAAGAUGUGGGUUGAGGCCCAGCAGGACCUCGGGCUGCUCCUCCAGCAGGAGAUGGCAGCUGUGCCCGCAAAGCCAGAGAAAGAUCGCAUGGCAGUAGCCCAGCAGCUUGGCACCCUGUACAUUCGAUAUGUGCAGAUCUUCCGUAACCUGGAGCUGGCACACGAUCAGAUAGCACAUCCCCAGAAGAGACGGUUGAUUAGGACUGUGCUGGAUGGUGUGAUGGGACGGAUAUUGGAAUUAAAGAAUGAGCUGGUGGAGCUGGAGAUCUCAGAGUUUCAGUACUUUGAUGACAUUCUACAGGAUUUGAAAAUGGGACCUGAAUGUCUUGAUAUUCCCAUCCCAAGAUACUUCAUUAAAGAAAAGAUGAAAGUGCUAAGGGAUCGAGAACGAAUACUCUCCCAGAUCCUGGAGCGGAAUGGAGCCAAGGACGUGGACGCAGUGAAAGCCUUGAAGGCGAUGUCUCUGGAAGAAGCUAUACGUGUUAUCCAGGUAUCAGAGAGGGCUCGUCAGGGGCGUCUGAGAGCCAAGUUCAUGAAGGAAAUACAAGAAGAAGAGAAGAGAGAGAGACUUGCCAAACUGCAAGGAGAGAUAUCACUAGACCCUGAGGUGGCUGCAGAGCGCAUCCAGAAGGUCUGGAAAGGCUAUAUCCAAAGGAAGAAAACCAAGCAACACAGAGAAGAGGAAAUGAUCUUCCUGGGCAUGGUGCCACCGCCUCACUUUCACAAGGUGAGCUUAGCAGAGGUUAUCGCCAAGAAGUCAGAGACCAUACGCUCCGAGGUCCAAGAACAGCAUGAGGCAGAGUAUCAGCUUGCAUUGGUCCAGAUAAAAGACACCAUACGAGAGACAGAGGGUCUAGACAUGAAGGAGACUCUACAGGACCAGAUUCGGCAGUGGUUCAUUGAGUGCAGGCAUGCAACAGGAAAGUUCCCUGAUUUUCCAGAUGAAGACGAUGGUGGUUCCAGUGCUAUAUUUGCUCAGAAGACUCCAGAGCAGGUUGCUGCAGAAAUUGCUGCCAAGGAAGAAGCCAAGGCCAAGAAAAAAAAGGAUAAAGGAAACAAGAAGGAGAAGGGGAGUAAAAAGGGAAAGAAAGAGAAGGAUAAAUCCAAAGGAAAGAAGGGAAAAGGAAAGGAGGAGGAAGCAGAUGAAGGAUGGAGGAUGAAACCAAGCCAGUUUCUGCCCAACAUUACCUCUGCAAACCAGACAUAUGAGGAUGUGUGGCAACAUCGUGAUGAAUCCUGGAACCUUCAUCAGACGCAUGAUUCGGAACUCAUCAAAGAGAGCAAGCGGAAGGAAGUGGAGGAGGAAAUCAGAAUACAGGUUGAUGAAUUGAUGAGACAGGAGCUGCAGAACCUGAAGCUGGCAGUGGACAGGGAGAAGAACAAAAAGAAAAAAGGGAAGAAAGGUGGGAAGAAAAAAAAGAAAGGUAAAAAGAGUGGAAAAAAGAAGAAAAAGAAGGAGAAGGAUCUGACUCCAGACAGGACCAUUGAUUCUCUCUACGAGGAGCUUGUCACAGAAGGCCUUCUUAUAAAACCAAGGCCAGUGAAGCUGUCAGAUAUCGUUGGUGAAUACAGCUACCUGGGCACCACCCUGCGUCUGGCUGACAUAGAACCAAUGCCUUCGCUAAGCGAUGUCAAACAGCUGCUAAUCUUAUACGGAGUGCUUCCUCUAGGCUGUGAUUCAGUGCAUGAGAAGGCUCCACCGGUGAAGGCCCUACUCUUGGCAGGACCAGCUGGAGUGGGAAAGAAGAUGCUUGUACACGCCAUUUGUAAUGAGACCGGAGCCAACCUAUUUAACCUGUCACCUGCUAACAUUGCAGGCAAAUACCCAGGCAAGAGUGGCUUGCAGAUGAUGUUACACAUGGUGCUGAAGGUGGCACGCCAGCUACAACCAUCAGUGAUAUGGAUUGAAGAUGCAGAGAAAACCUUUUACAAGAAGGUGCCAAAGACAGAGAAACAGUUUGACCCUAAGAGACUGAAAAAAGAUCUUCCAAAAAUCCUGAAAUCUUUAAAAUCGGAGGAUCGUAUCCUUAUUGUGGGAACCAGUCUGAGACCAUUUGAUGCUGAAAUCAAACCUUUCUGUAAAAUAUACAAGAAGAUCGUUCUGAUCCCAAGGCCGGAUUAUGCAGCACGGUUAGCUUUGUGGAAGCACGUGAUUAUACAGAAAGUGGACAAUGCCACCAACUCCCUGAACUUCAGCGCUCUUGCUAAGGUUACCGAUGGAUUCACUCCCAGCCACAUAGUCCAAGCAGUUGAGACCGUGCUGAACGACAGGCGGAUAAGGCUGAUCCCCCGCAAGCCUCUUGUAGCAUCAGAGUUUCUUGGUUCAUUGUCUCGGCAGGAGCCUGUGUACAAGGAGGAGGAGGAAGCAUUUAAGGCAUGGUACGCUAAAACACCUCUGGGAAAGAAGAGAAUCAAAGCAAUGUCAGGUGGAGAGGAAGAGACAGGGAAAGACAGUGGGAAAAACAAAGGAGCGAAAAAAGGAAAAAAGAAGAAGUAGGCUAUUGACCAUGAAGAGCCUGGGAUUAGACCGUUCACUUUCCCAUCUGGGGACAAACUGUGAUAAACUUCAUACCUUAAUGUAAAUUAAACCUUUGACUUUGCAGCCCAA